AUGCUAAACAUCUACAGGUAUCGACCGCGCCCAGCCGGUGGCGAUACCACGCCCUCCUCGAAGUAUCCGCAAAGCAACACGCCCGUAUCCCUCGACCGUCUCGCGAAACCAUUCAAAUGUCCCGGUACCGCGACGCCAACGCGAACGUCAGAGAAGCCCUCGAGAAAGCGACGCAAAGUGAACUAUGCCGGAGCGGAUGGAAGUGCCCAGGAUGAGAAGCCGUACACCAACGAAGACCGAUUGGCCCUUGCCACCAGAGACGUGAACAGGUUUCCCGUCUUCAAGGCGAAAGAUAAAGAGACGGUGUUCAGGCAAAAUUUCAAAAUACCCUUGAUCAACAAGUCGGCGGGCAACUAUGAUAGCUCUAGACCGGCACCCACGUUGGGGAUGAGACAAGGCGCAACGUUUGUUGUGAAGCCUCUGCAUGAUCCCAGUGGCGAGUUUGCGAUAGUGCUGUACGAUCCGACCGUUGAUGACAUCGACCAAAAUGUUGAACCGAAGAAAGCGGAAGAAACGCAACCCGAAAAUUCAAAACAGCAGUUGGAUGAACCAUUGGUACAUAAGAGUUUGGCAGAUAUUCUUGGACUGAAGAAGAAUGUUGAAGAGCGCCCGAAAGUCCCGGUCGUCAUUGAUCCAAGGCUGGCUAAAGUCCUACGGCCUCAUCAAAUUGAAGGCGUUAAGGUUGUUCACGAAAUUCUCAUGCACAUCAAGAGUUCAGCCGGCUAA